AUGAAAAUCCUCGAAAACCCCACAAACUCCACGCGACCAACCCCCGGCAUCGCCGUCGCAGAUGCUGUAUUCCAAGUCGGCAGCUCCACCGUCAUCGCUGCGCCUUCCACUCGAGUCUGGGAAGCUCUGACCGACACAUCGACAUGGCCUGAAUGGAACACUUUUGUUCCGCGCGCGACUAUUCGCGAGCAGCCAGAUAGCCAAGGCUCCGAUCCGGCAACCCUCUCUCCACUCCUCCGUAAGGGCACCAGAGUUACCUUCCACGUUCGCAUGGACCCUACCGCGACUAAGCCUCAGGCUGCCAAUGACGUUUUCCUCUUGGUUGCUGAAUACUCCGCGCCAAACCCCGAGACAAAGACCCCCGGGCGCAUUGUGUGGGUUGUCGAUCGGGAGGCCCCCGGCGCGAUGUCCCCUUCUCUGUUGAAUGCGGAACGGGUACAUGAGAUUACCGAUGUGGAUAUUGGGGAAGGGGAGAAUGCCGUUAAGGGUACGGAGGUGCGGAAUUGGGAGUUGCAGAAUGGAUGGUUGGUUUAUGCUGUUAAGUGGAUGUAUGGGGCGAAGUUGAAGCAUAACUUUGAGCUGUGGGUUAGUGAUUUGAAGAAGUUUGUUGAAGGGAAGGAGAGUAGUUCAAAUUAG